CCGCCAGCCAGCCAGCCAGCCAGGCAGCCAGCCAGGAAGGAUGAACCAUAAGAACUAAAUAACGCGCUUCCUCCUCUCACAACCCCAUAGGCUAUGAAGAAGGGGAAGACCAAGGUUCGAUGGAUAUAUGAGAAAAACACAAGACUCGAAAGCUUAGAACACGUUUCGUCAUCGAGUGCUAGCUAUAGGUGGGGGUGCACCCAAGGAGAUGCUCGUACGUAUGCAGGUAGGUAUGUAUGUAUGUACGUAUGUACGUGUGGUUGUGCCCGUCCGUCCCCACGCCACCUACUAUCAAAGGACCGCACAGACGCCUUUCGCAUCAUCGAUCUCACUCACCCCGUCCCCAGAGAUCGACGCAAAGCAAGGCGUCCGUGCAGCCCACAUCAUGACGCGCAAUGCACGUCAGUCCGUCGGUUCGAGACCCGGCUACCGCCGUCCCCCUCCCCGGAUCAAAACAAGGGCGACCGGCUGCUGUGUCAAUCACUGACGCUACACCACGCCACGUAAGGUGUGUAUGUGUGUAUGUAUGUGUGUGUCAGAGAAAGGCCCCCAGCAAAUGGCGCUGCUACCUUGUCGCCCACUGGCACCCACCCCCAUCACACAUCCCACAGGCCUAUGGAUCGAUCAGACCUUGACUGCCUCGGUGUUUGUGGCAGUGUCUGCAUCCACGUCCUCGAGAGCCACUUUGUUGCUUCUGCUAGCCUUGGUGUCUCCCAUCUCCUCUGCCUCGCUCGCAUCGGUGUGCUCCAGCCCCUUGAGCCCCGGGACGAAGAACCGCUGCGCCCACAGGGCCACGUAGACGAGGCCAAGCAGCAUGGGGACCUCGAUGAGGGGGCCGAUGGUCGUGGCCAGUGCUUGCUGGCUGUCGAUGCCGUACGUCGACACCGCCACGGCUGCACACACAGACAAGACAAGAAAAAGGCAUUCAUGAGGGAAGCGACGACAAAUGUCGUCUUGUCCGCUGACCAAUCGCGAGCUCAAAGUUGUUUGACGACGUCGUGAAGGCCUGCGUGACAGUCACCUCGUACGUCAUGCCGAUCGCCUUGACGAUGAGGAAGGUCGAGACGAAGGUGAUGCCGAAGUAGAGGAUCAGCGGCACCGCCACGCGACACACAUUGCCGAUCUCAUCUAUCACUCUUUCACCCUGGGCGGCGAACAUGACGACGAUUGUGAAGAGCAAGCCCACCAGCGCCAGAGGGCCCAUGACCGGCAUGAGCUUGUUGUCGUACCAGUCGCGCAGGCCGCACAUGCCGCGGAUGAUCAGCCGUGUGAGGAAGCCUGCGACUACCGGGAUGCCGAGGAAGAUUGCGACGCUCUUGAGGAUCAUGACAAGAGACACAUUGACGACAUCGUCGCUGCCGCCGAGAAGCUCUAUGUAGAUGUAGGCGAAUGGAGAAUAGAGAAAUAUCUGCAGCACACUGUUAACCGCCACCAGCACGGCGCAAAACUCGCUGUGUCCGCUAGCCAGCAUGUUCCAGAUCAGCACCAUGGCGAUGCACCGCGCCAGCCCCACCAUGAUAAUCCCGACUCUGAAGGCCGGCAGGUCGGGCAGCGUCGCCCAAGCCAGCGCCGUCAUCAGGGCAGGCCCGAUGAUCCAGUUGAGAACGAGGCUGAGUAGCAGCUGCUGCAGGAAGCCUUUGUAGCGAAAGAUCUCGGGCAGUUUUUCGUACCGAACCUUGCACAGGACGGGGUACCUGACACACACAGGGAGGGCACCAGACGGACAACUCAGAUGACGUGAGAGGUUAGCUUGUCCCUGGACGUCUUACAUCAUGACGAGCAAUCCGACAGCGAUGGGUAUUGAGACUCCCUCUAUCUCUCCCUGGUCCCACAGCACCCGAAUGCCGGUGUUGUAGUAGCCCAGGAGAAUGCCACCCGCCAUCGCCACGAGGACGAGAAUGGGAAGAAGCUGGUCCAGCAGACCGAGCUGGCGGACGACGCUCCGCUGCUGUCCCAUGCCGCAACGCUGUCAGCUUCUGCCGAUUUUUCGCCUGUCGUCAGCGACUCAAAUCUACUUCAAGGACGUGUGAGCGGUCAGAUCUUUCCUUAUCCUUUCCAGCGGAAGAAUCCAAAAACAUUUCACGAGCAGCUUCCGG